AGUUUGUGUUGUGGUUCCAAUUUUCGGUACCUACCUAUUAGAAAUAUAAAUAUUUAUUUAAAAUCUUCUGUAACUGUAAUUGUUCAUGUGAUAACAUAUUAAUGGGCAGAUUUUAAAAUCGAUAAUAUAAUGGUGAAUUCAGUUCCAUUCUUGUAAGAGAUUGUCUACCAUUUCCGAAGUAGUACCUUGUAAGUAGGUAACUAUGUCGCGCCAAGUCGACUUAAAUAUUACUGAGCUUUUGGUUGGCUCUGGACUUGAUGGCGAAGAAAAUGACUUCUGUGACUUCACUAUAGCAGAUCAAAACUCUGUUACCGAAUCUCAAGGUAUAACUCCAACAACGCCGUCUAAUUUCAAACCGGUACUUGGUGCCAACGUAACUUAUGUCGUUGCUUGUGUUCUUUUAAACGAACGGAAUGAGUUACUAAUGAUGCAAGAAGCAAAAGAAAGUUGUGCUGGUAAAUGGUACCUGCCGGCUGGGCGAAUGGAAAAAGGUGAAACGAUAGUGGAAGCUGCUAAAAGAGAAGUGCUAGAAGAAACAGGUUUACAUUGUAAUCCUGAUACUUUGUUGGUUGUUGAAACAGCAGGGGGUACUUGGUUUAGGUUUGUCCUAACAGGUGCUGUUACAGGUGGUGAGCUUAAAACGCCUGCUAGAGCUGACAAAGAAUCUCUGCAAGCUAAAUGGAUUAAAAAUUUACAAGAAAUAACAUUGAGGUCAAAUGAUAUUUUGCACCUUAUUGAAAAAGCAAAACAGUACAAGCAGAGCCAACCAGGUGAAACCUGGCACAAUAACAUCCUUCCAGCGCCUAUCCCACACAUAAAAGAUUUGAUGAGAUUGGUUAUUUUAAUUAAAAAAAGAAGUACAAAUAGGUUGCAUGUCUUGCUGAGUGAAAAAACCACACUGCAUUUUCCAACAUGUGAAAUUAAUCCAGCAAAGAGUGUACAUUCAACAUUGAGAAGAUUUAUGGUGGAAAUGUUUGGUGCUGAUGUUGCUCAACACAGGCCCUUGGGGUUGCUCAAUAUAGAGGCAGAUCCUUCGGCAGACGGGUGCUGUCUCACUUUACUUGUUGUAUUUAGACCACCUAUGGAAGAAGUGCCUUUAAUUGGUAAAUGUGCAUGGCAUGAAUUAUCACAAGAAGUAGAAAAAAAACUGGUUCCACUAGUUUCAUCAAAGAACUCAACAGUAGAGUUACAUGUGGUGCGCUAAAAAAUCUACAUAUAAGGUUAACUCUAUUAUGGUAGCUUCCAAAAGAAAUGUAUUACUUAAAUGUAUAGUACUAACAUUUAACAUUUAAUGUAGCUCUCUUGGUAUUUGAUAAGGCAGUAACCGUCCAUAAUCAUGUAAUCUCUUAAAGAUAGAACUGUUUUAUGAAAUUAAUAAAUUAACAUUCCAAUAAUAAUUGACAUACAUUUAAUGUACAUGUCUGGUGAAGGUGAAUUUAUAGAUAUAAUCUUAAGAAGAUCUGACUAAAUAUUAAAUUGGUUUGCCAAAUAGUCGUAUUUUUCAUGCCUGAGUGCCUACUGUUUAGAAUAGUUGUUUUAGGAUUUGGCUUAUAAAGUUUUGUCAAUGUAAAAUAUUUUAAAUUGAGAUCACAUGUGAAAAUGUUUUCUUGACUAUUUAUAUAGAUGUUGAAUAAUAAUAUCUAUGUCAUCACACUCAAUACUUAUUAUUAUUCAAAAUGCACAAAUGGUUUUAAAUCAACUUUAAAUGCUAAUUACCAAACCCAAUUAUCAAUAUCACUCCAUUUAUGAUGCUUUAUUCUUAAAGCUAAAAAGGGGUAACUGCACACUUUACAAGAGUAGUUUAAAGUUUACCUUGGAUAAACUUUGUCUUGUUUUAAUUAUUUCUCAGUCUAAGUUAAGUGAAGUACACAACAGUUCUCAAACUUAGCAAACAAUGCAGUAAUAAAAAUUCAAUUUGGACUAGAUGCAAGUUGAUUAAUAUCUUAAAAUGUUGCUCAUACCCACCUUGGCUAUUAGGCAGCAUUUAAAAUACCAAAUUAAUAAUUAAUUUUUUCUUUAUUUUUGCUAGAUUUAACAACAUAUGGUAGGGGGUAGCGGGGAUUUCGGGAUUUACUAAAGCGCGGCAGAUUAAUAUACAGGGGGAUACCUUGUACCCGGUUAAGUACCUCCACAAAACUUGAGGCCCAUAUAUAAGGCCGCCCGUGAAGGAUGCAGCAUCAGAUUAGUAAAAAAAAAUUAGUGUGGGGACGGUGUGAGAGAGUAAUAGAUAGAGAGGAAUAGAAACGCGAAGAAGGAAAUGUAGGCAUCACGCAGCUGCAC